GGGUUUCGUGCCGUACUUCCGCUGCGGAGGGUGGUACGUCUGCGAGGUAGACCCAGAGCUCAAGGUGCGCUACCCGCGCCACGGCGCGUUCGAGGUGGCGCUGUCGUGGGCCACGCCGAUGGGCGACGAGAGCGUGGAGGUGUGGUCGAAGUUGGACUCCCGCCGGUGGCCGGUGCCGGAGAAGCUCGCGGCCUCCGUCUCGGACCUGGCGGGGGCCUGGCCGCAGCGCCCCGGCGGCGCUUGGGAG